UCAUCACGAGUCGGCUCCACACUUCAGUAAUAUCUUGUGGUCACGCCUUUUGUUUUAUUUUAUUAGUAGUGUAGAACGAAAUCAUAAAUAUGAAACAUUUUCGUAAACUGUUCGUCAUCCAAGUAAUACUAUCAUACGUAUUACAGAUACGAGCACAAUGCAACCUGACCCCGUGUGAAGUGUUUGAGAUGCUCACAACGAAACGAACUGCUGCAGAGAACAAUAGAGGGUGUACGUCGGACCUACACUGGCGACAGCUGGAUCGUCGGCUGCGGGCAAUAGAAACUCCUUGCUGGACUGUCAGUAUGGGACAAUCUCGCUGGCGCCAAUGUUCCAAAAACCUAUGCCGAUGCGAUGUGGUCCACAGAGCUCUCAACUGCUGGAGAUCUGGACUGGCCACCUUGAGUCCGGAUCUGAUCGUACCCGCGGACCUUUAUACUAUAGAUCUUGGAACAAACAAACUGCGUUCAUUACACAAGGCAACAUUCAGAGGCAUGAAGUCACUGACGGAACUAGAUAUGUUUGACAAUCACGUGGAGUAUCUACCUUCAGGCAUUUUGGAUUCGCUGGUCAACUUACGAAUUCUACGUUUACAGAGAAAUUACUUAGAAGAAAUCGAUAGCGAUUUGUUUCGAUUAACAAGUAAAUUAUUUCACGUCGAUUUAUCUAAUAAUUAUUUAUACACACUACCAGAAAGGUUAUUUGCGAACAAUACUUACUUGGAAACCAUCGACUUGUCAAAUAAUCAAAUUGUUUAUAUCCCAUCGGAUAGUUUCUAUGGAUUACGUUCACUCCUAAUACUUGAUCUAUCAAACAAUAAGAUACAACAAAUACAGAAUGGAACAUUACAUUUGAAAAGUUUGCAAAUAUUAAAACUAUCAAAUAAUAAAAUAAGUUAUAUUACUGAACAUGCAUUCGAAAGCCUUAUGUCACUGGAGACCUUGUUACUGAAUAACAAUGAACUACAAAACAUACCAAAUAAUUUGUUUCGUAAUAUUCAGUAUUUGACAUACCUGGAUUUAUCCAAUAAUAAUUUAGUAAGCUUAAAUGGACUAGAAUUUCGGCAUUUGAAAUUGUUAAAUAAUUUGGACCUUAGAGAUAAUUCCCUCUCAGAACUACCAGACGAGGCUUUUGCAAAUUGUUCUAGUCUCGAGAAACUAGAUCUGUCAAAGAAUAAGCUAAGGUUUCUUAAUGUCAGCACGUUCGUCGGCUUAGAAAAUCUUUCGUCACUCAUCUUGUCGGACAACGAACUACAUGAAAUGAGUUUCAGAACAUUUUCAACACUCAGAAAUCUUACCACCUUGUACUUAGACAACAAUAUGUUUCCCUCCCUGCCGUCUCGUACGCUCGACUUUACGCCCAAACUGGCAAACGUGAAAUUGUCUAACAACCCUUGGCAUUGCGAUUGUCACGCACUUUAUAUAUCGGCAUGGGUGCGUUUGAAUGAAAUGAAAAUUUGGGACUAUUCACCUACUUGUAUAUCCCCGUGGUAUCUAGAAGGACAUUUCCUAAAGAAGCUGAAAUUCCCGGAACUUUGCACUGGUCAAUGGGCUAGCAUGGUGAACUUGUCGCCCAGGUUACCGAUGGAACAGCUCACAGCUCUGAAUGUCACUGUCAACAGAAAACCUCAAGAAGGCAUGGAAGAUAAUAUACACGAUGUUGAUAACCUGCAAUAAUAUUAUAAUGUUCCAAUUGGACUCAGUAAUAAUUACAGCACCACUGGGCUAGUUGAUGGUAGUUGUUACAAUAAGAUAUAAAUAAUAUGUUACAUACGGUAAUCUUAACAUUUUUAAUAUUUCUGUUGCAACAUUAUGUCACGCAUCUGUUGUUUACCUAUUCUUAAUUAGUACCGUUUAGAAGAGUAUUUUGUUGUUUGAUAUAUUGUGACGUCAUCAAUCUAAAUGUCACGUGACUGACUGUUCGCGUGCAACAUUUAAAAUGGAAGAAAAACAUUAUUUUAAUUAUUAUUAUAUAAAUGAAAUAAAUAAUUCAGGUGUUUUGAUUUAUUAUACUAUAUUAUUUGUUCAGUAAUAUUAUACUUAUUUCUGAUACUUUACGCAUGGAGCUAUGGCUAAAUUACAUAAUGAAAAACAGUAACAACAUUAUUAAUUAAUUCUAAAUAUUGAAUAGUAUUUUUUUAGCAAGCUCUAUUUCUUUUUAAC